AAAAAUUUAAGAAAACAUCUGGAGAGGAAACACACAAAAUCUAGGGACGACAUUACAGCAAGCCAUCACCUUUAUUCUGAUUGCAUAGACCGAGCUAACGGUGUCUAUGCAGUCCAGAAACAUUUUCUUUCUUCGAGUGUUCCGAUCCAUGUUCUGUACGAAAUCUGGGGAGCGGAGCAGAAUGUAAGAUGUGAGUUGCCAUCCUGUCAAGUGGAGAUGGACUUAGCCAGGAGGAGUGGACUAAGCCACUACAAAUGCCAUCACCUCAGGUCACUAGACUAUUGUGGGUCCUUUGCUGAUGAUCCUUCUCUUUCAGAAAGUACCCUGACAGAAAUGGUCAGGCUAAAAUGGUUUGGCAGUGAAAGAAAGAGAGAUUGCCUACAGAGACAAAGCUUGGCCACCCAAGACAACAAACCCUUGUCUGUAGAGACAAAGGCGACAAUGCCAUCUUUAAAGAGGUGCAUUUCAGUGUAUGAGCCACAUGCAUCAUAUCAUGCCCAACUUGGAAGAAUAAUGGUCACAUAUGAUGUAAAGCUGAACUCCUGGCAUUGUCCUUGUGCCAGGUCAAGAAGAUCCUGCCUCCAUAAAUAUAUUGCUAAAUGGCACCUGUUCCAGACUGAACAUCAGCUUUUCAGGACCGUUCAAAGCACAGAUCAGACCACUCCAGUUCAUGAAAGUGUAGAUGACACAGGCCUACUGUACCCCCCGACAAAAGAGCUGGAAUCUAUGAUUCGGUAUGUCAUGAACAACAAGACCAUCCCUGCAGCUCUUCCUGAGCACCUGUGUCUGCCUUCAUUUUCAAGCACAUACCCAACCAGCCUCAUUCCCGAUGAGAUGUUCUGCCACAGAUGUGCUGGAAAUGUACCUUUAUCAGACCCUCUGCUCAUCACAUCAAAGGCCAAAAUUCUUACAAAUACAAGAAUUAUCCAUGACGUUGCCACCUACUCAAAAUGUUGCCACCAGUGUGGAAUCCACUACAGGUAUCAAGAGUGGAAGGAUGGCCUGCAUAAUUUUAAUGACAGUGUCAUUCUUGACCUCCCUUUAUGCCUACAUCUUCGAAACAUGCUACAGGUCCACACUGCUGUCGGGAGAGUGGUUCAGUGUCUGGAGGUCACUAUAGGGGAACAGUUUCCUCCAGCCAAAACAGUGCUCCAUGCCUAUCUCCAUUUUGAGGCACUCACAGGUCACGAGUAUGAAUACUCUUGUGUGACAUGUGGGGAUCAUCCACCCAUUGUCAUCAUGGAUCUCCACAGAAAAGGAGCAUUUAACAUGUCAUUGAGUGACAUCAAACCACCACCAAAGGAUUUCAAUGGACACAUGGAUAUGGAUGACUUUUGGGAUAAACUGGCCCUGCAAAUGAUUGGUCGUGGCUUUGUAAAAAAACAGAGCGACAAUCCCUUCACUGUCCACCCCAAUUACCACUGUUGGGCACCAUGGAUUGGAAGAAAUACACGCAAGUCCAGUCAAUGCCUUAACACAGAGUUCCAAAAAAUCCACCAACCCAAAGAAGCUGAGCUUUGCGAAAUAACUGUCUCUGAAGAUAGACUUAAAAAUGAGCUUUAUAAGAAAAAGGUAUCUGUGAUAAGGAAACUGUGCAGGGAAUGUGGUAUUGAUGCCAUUGGCUCAAAAAGUGACCUCUUAGAGAGGCUUUCAUCUGAGAUGAAAUCUAGACAGACUUACGACAAAGUAUUCGAAAAGAUUUGGGGUGCCUCUGGAGGAUGGGCUGUGGUCAUGUGCCCUUGUGGAAUUGUGUAUAGCAUCAAAUGCUGUUUGCGCGCAGAGAGUCCGAGGGACUUUGCAGAUGUCCUCCUCUCAUGGAAACACAUACCCAACAUAGUCAUCUAUGAUUUCGCACGGGGACUGGCCACACACACCAAUCUUCGCUGUCCUGAGACGUUAAUCUUCACGCCACAUGAAGGUCGUCUAGCUGACCCAACAGAUGGCAACAUAAAGAUGGCAAAGGAAGGAAAGCUGAAGAUCUCCUUGCCAUGGCUUAGUAUAAAAAAACAAGUCCCAGACAGCCAUGGCCACCCAAUUACAGGCUCAGCAGAGCACUAUGUCCUUAAUGACAAAUUUCAUGAAGACAAUUCAAAAGACGAACGGGAUGCUCUCCGGAAGAUUGGUCUUGUAGCCCAACUUGCUGGUAAAGUGAAUAGCCAGGUUGCUGAGCAGUUCUUUAGCAAAUUAAAGAAAAAUAAUUACUUUCUAAAUAUGACCCUUCCAUCAACCCACGUCUUCCUCAUGAGAAGUAUCAUCCACCACAACAACAGCCAGAAGAACUUGAGAAGACUAGAGGCCUUCAAAAAGUUAUUUGGGAAAGAAGUGGUGCUGAACAUCAACCACCAGGCUGUUCUUGCUGUUUCAGAGUCCUCUACUCAAUUUGGUGCAACAGACGUUCGCCAAGUGACCAACCUUAGUGGCUCAAAGGCAACAGUGGAUUUGCCAGACUUUGAUGCCCCUGUUACAGGCAUGGAAACCUCUGCAGAUGUGAACAUGGAGGAAGUGGAUGAGGAUAUGAUUGUGGAGGAGGCAGAUGAGUAUUCAGCUCAACCUUGGAUGAAGCCUCAUAAUCUUCUACAAGACAAAUUGCUCAGAUACAUCCUGGACACGGGGCGGCUGGCUGAAGAGGUCAUUGUGAAGGAGGGAGUGAUAUGCCUCUUAAGAGAAGAUUUUUGGACACUUGGUUUGAGAAGGGAAAUGGAGUCUGAUAUUGGAAAUGCCUGCAUGAAACUCAUUUAUGAAGAUGCUCGAGCGCAUGGCAAAGACAUAUAUACUGCUGAUAUGUAUGUUGUUACUACAUGGAAAGACAGUGUAGAUCCCUUAGCUUACUUUCCAGAUGAUGCUGACAUGAAGGAUGCACUUGUGUUCCCUCUAUGGACAAAAGCUGCCGGCCCAGAACAUUAUCUGUUGAGUAUUGCACAUCGUCUUGACCCUGGACAGUGGACAGAAGUCACAGGAUUGGAUAUUGGGGUCUUUCCUCAACAGACCAACAGCAUUGAUUGUGGAGUUUUCAUGCUCAUGUAUGCCCUUUACACUGUGCUGAACACUCCAUUCAAUUUCACUUCGCUUGACAUGCCUGCAAUCAGGGAGUGGUGGUGUCUACGUCUAAUUGAGCGGUUUGAGACAGAGGGGCAUGGGAAAAGGUUCGCCCACUGGACCGAGGAGGCAAGAUGCCUGACUGAAGGGACAUUACGACCACUUUACAGGAGUUUUCCAGGAUUAACACAUGACUUGCCACAACAUGUUGUUGCCGAGAGGAACCGAAAGUUAUCCAACCAGGCUCUGGUGGACUUCAUUGUGGCAAGAGGAACUGAUGACCACAUUCAGUCCAUCAUCAGUGGACAAAAAAAAUCACAGUGGCUUGACACUUUUUCCAAGUGUUCCAUAAAGAAAGUGCCUGUGCCAUUGUUCAUUGAAGAUCAGGAACAAAUUGAUAUUAUCUACACUCACCUGACUUCAAUUCUGAACAGUACACCCACACACACCCACAGUGACCAGAUCAGAUUUAUUAUGGAUGUCCUUUUUCCAGAGUCCAUCAUCUGUGCUCUUGCUGUUGUGGAACAUGUGUCCAUCUUGGAGGCUGAGGAGAAAUUCCUGCGAGGACCUGUCAUUGACGUGAGUGAGCGGGAGCACUUUGACAGCAGGAUAAAAAAACAAUUAAAGAAGAGUGGCAAGCCAUAGGAGAGUCUACAGGAGUCAUGCAGAAUCUACAGGAGUCAUGCUGUUAAGAAAUAAAAGUCAUGGUGUUAAUAAAUUUUUUUGUGAACAACAA